CUUGGGGCUUUGGGGGCGGGCUGGGAGCUCCACGGGCUCCCCGUGGGUGGCAGGCGGGGAGUCGGGGUGUCUGUGUUUCGGGGCCCCUCGCUCCGUCAGGGGCUCGCCCGGCGCAGGGAGAGCCGAGCCCAUGGAGCCGCCCGGAAGGCCUGCGGAGACGAGGCUUUCCCGUCGGGCGGAGGUCGAGAUUUCUUGUGGAGCUUAGCCGUCAGCCCCCUCGGAACUAGGAGGAGAGCUGAAAUGUUGUUUCGGGGUCCAUGCUCCAUUAUUAUUAUUGUUAUCAUUAUUGGUUUAAGGAUUUGCUGGUUGUCCCUGUGGAUUUCUGGAGUGCCCCCAAGGGACAGGGGAGUGGAUAGUGUCUUGGAUUCCUUCUGCACUUGCUGGGUUUAGUGUCAGAGAGCCUGGGUGGCCAGACUUAUCGGUGGGUCACCCUCCAUUUCCUUCGCAUUUAAUGUAAUAUGGCACUGUCAUUUAGAAAGUAUCUGCCUUUCUUAAGUCUGUGGCCCUGGGUGACUUUUGAUAGGACAUCCAAGUUUCUCCUGUGGUGGGCUUUCAUGGUGUUUUGUUCAGGACAUUAAAGCUGGAAUCACAGUGUAUAACAAUUGUUUAUCUGUCUUGUCACAGUCAUUUAUGAACCUGGCUUACAUUUUAUUCAUUUUGGACUUCCUCCCCACCAGGAGACUACCACAGUGCCUCUCAUGCUAGGGUCAGAGAACAGGUUGAUGGAUCAAGCUGUUGUGUCAACCUUGAGGUCCCAUCUCGGGGAAGAGGUUACUCUUGACCUGGGCAAGGGGUUGAGAGGGAGAAGAACCAUGGUCCCUGCCCUGUGGGAGGCCCAGAUGUGAUGGAAACAUGCCAGAGCCUGGCAAGCCCUCAGAAGCAAGCAGAGGGCAAAGCAGGCAGCUGAGCCUUGAGUGGACUCAGGAUGUAGAAGUGGAGAGGAGUCCAUCAGGAAAGGCUCCUGGGUAGAAGGUGACAGUGUCAUGGCUGUGCCCCAGGCUUUCCCGCCGGGGCCCCUCCGUGAGGGGGGUGCUCUGGUGGAGCCCCAGCCCUCCCCUCGAAGCUCGGCCGAGGGCUUCUUGGAGGAGGAGCUCCGGCUUAACGCUGAGCUGAAGCAGCUGCAGUUUUCUGAGCCCGUGGGCAUCAUCUACAAUCCUGUGGAGUAUGCGUGGGAGCCGCAUCGCAGCUACGUGACCCGCUACUGCCAGGGGCCCAAGCAAGUGCUCUUCUUGGGCAUGAACCCAGGACCCUUUGGCAUGGCCCAGACUGGGGUGCCCUUUGGGGAAGUGAGUGUAGUCCGGGACUGGUUGGGCAUUGGGGGGCCUGUGCAGACCCCUCCCCAAGAGCACCCCAAGCGACCAGUGCUGGGACUGGAGUGCCCUCAGUCCGAGGUGAGUGGUGCCCGGUUCUGGGGCUUUUUCCGGAACCUCUGUGGACAGCCCGAGGUCUUCUUUCGUCACUGUUUCGUCCACAACCUGUGUCCUCUGCUCCUCCUGGCUCCCAGCGGCCGCAACCUCACCCCCGCCGAGCUGCCGGCCAAGCAGCGAGAACAGCUCCUUGGGGUCUGUGAUGCGGCCCUGUGCCGGCAGGUGCAGCUGCUGGGGGUGAGGCUGGUGGUGGGCGUGGGCCGCCUGGCCGAGCAGCGGGCGCGGCGAGCUCUGGCCAGCCUGAUGCCCGAGGUCCAGGUGGAGGGGCUCCUGCACCCGUCCCCUCGCAACCCGCAGGCCAACAAGGGCUGGGAGGUGGUGGCCAAGGAGAGACUGAACGAGCUGGGGCUGCUGCCGCUUUUAACGAAGUGAGCGCCCCUGCGGCCUGCACAGGAUGUGUUCAAGGUCCCCUGGGUCCUUCGGGGCAAGCAGAUGGCCGCGCGCCUCCUGGACUGGAGCGACAAGGUCCCCCUCGGCUCCCUGGUUGCUGGGACCUGCCGCGGCAGUUUGGACACUACUCCUGCUUGCCCUCCCGAUUCCUGCCCGCCUCACCUUCCUUUGAGCGUUGCUUCUUUGGUGUGUGGUACCCAGCUCCACAGAGAGCCAGCACCUGCAAACUGCUCCACCUCAGUGUUUCCCUGGAGCCUCUCUUCGGCGGAGAGUGACCUGAAGAGUGACUUCCGAGGUCAUAUUUGCCGUUUUAGACAAAAGAUUCUGCCAGGAUCCCCACCCGUCCUAGAACGGCUUCCUUCAGCUCACCCCUUGCCUCACAGGGACCAGGACAAAGCGUGGGUCAUGGCUGCUGAGAGUGAGCUUCUGAUGGGAGACUGAGGCUGCGUCAGAGAGAGACAGUUCAGUGUGGCAGCGUGGGAACGGCCAGAAGACCUGGAUUUCCAUCCCAGCUUUGAGACUUGUGAACUUUAUGACUUUGGACAAGUUGCUUGACCUCUCCAAGCCUCGGGAUCCUCAUCUAUAAAAUGGGGUCCCUGCCUCAUGGGGCUGGUGUGGGGAUUAACUGAGGUAACCUUAAAAGUGCCUUGCGUAAUGCCUGGCACGUGGGUGCUCCUUACACCUUUUCUAGCUUUCUUGCCCCAGGUUGGGGAGGCACUGCACUGCACUACACAGGAAGCCCCUCUGACCCAAAGACCCGGGUGGGGGUAGGGGUCUGGGCCUCCACCUGUAGCCUGAGUGACGGGCAGAUUCUUGCCCCACCAGAGAUGGACUAAUGAGUUUAUGACAAACCCAGCCUGUGAUUUUUCCGUCUAAGCAUUAAAAGCUCCUAAACCCUUU